GAGGCGGGGAAAAGCGACGCAAGUAGUCGCGACGCCAUUUGCUGCGGCUUAGCGUGGGCGCAGGCGGAUCUCGGAAAAACUCGUUUGCGAGACUCUCCCGCGCACGCGACCGGGCCACGCUUGCUUGUUUGGUACCGCGUGGUUCCACGAGUCGCCCUUCGGUCACUUCGGAAGAGUCACCGCCACUACCGCCACCACCCAGAUAAGAGUCGGAAACGCCGGGAGGCCGCCGUCAGCGCCAUGCCCAAGAAUAAAGGUAAAGGAGGUAAAAAUAGACGCAGAGGUAAGAAUGAGAAUGAAUCUGAAAAAAGAGAGCUGGUGUUUAAAGAAGAUGGACAAGAAUAUGCUCAAGUAAUCAAAAUGUUGGGAAAUGGACGAUUAGAAGCCAUGUGUUUUGAUGGUGUAAAGAGGUUAUGUCACAUCAGAGGAAAACUGAGGAAAAAGGUUUGGAUAAAUACCUCAGAUAUUAUAUUGGUUGGUCUUCGAGACUACCAGGAUAAUAAAGCUGAUGUAAUUUUAAAAUACAAUGCAGAUGAAGCUAGGAGUCUGAAGGCGUAUGGCGAGCUUCCAGAGCAUGCUAAAAUCAAUGAAACUGAUACAUUUGGUCCCGGAGAUGAUGAUGAAAUUCAGUUUGAUGACAUUGGAGACGACGAUGAAGACAUUGAUGAUAUCUAAAUUGAAUUCAGCGUUUUACAUUCCAAUAUCUCUGAGGAUUGUUCCAACAAUUUGGAUUUUGGCUAUGACCUGUUAAAGAAGAUUAAAAUUUUCAUUAGCAUGAGUGCAAUUUGUUAACGCAGACUGAUUUCUUUCUAAGGUAUUUAAUUAUGAAUCUGGUAAUGCCGAAUUCUCUUAGAUGAAAUGUUAAGCCCCCUUUCUUCUUAUGAUGCAUUGGAGCUUAUAGGUAAAAGACCAUAUCUACUAUUUUUUAAAAAGAGGAGAAAAAUGCAUUACUGCCUUUCCUACUUUGACCACUUCCAGUAAGUAAAUGAAUGUUCCAAAUAAACAAUUUACCAUACAUUCAUUAUGGAUCAUCUUUAAGCCCUAAUUGACUAGCCUUUUGACUCUACAUUACUUUCUGUAUAUUCCAGUUACUUAGGUGUUCCCUUGAGAUUUUGAUACAGUUUAAAAGAGGCAGAAAUCUUGCAUUUGAAGUUAAAAACAAUAAUUAGGUCUGUUUUUCAUAUUUAUGUAGCAUGUGGCUAUUUUUCUACUAAUUUUGAUAUCACUUACAUUCUUUCAGAACCUUAUUUUGCCACUAUAAACAUACAACAAAAAAGCAUUUACAAAAUGCAGGUUUUAGAACCUGGGUUUUAAUAGCAAUUUUUAAUUUGUAAGGUUAGUAGUUACAGGAAUCGAACAGUAGGUGGCACCCAGUCAUUUUAACAUUGAAAUAUUGCUCUAUUUGUCAGGUUUUUUUUUUUUUCUUUCUAUGCUUAGGAAAUUUCCCAAACAAGAAAAGAUUCUUUUGAUCAUAUGCAUGUAUGUAGAAAUUUUUUAAAAGUGUCAUUUUAUUUCAGAAGUCAUAUACAUAUAAGCUGCAAUUUUGAGUGGUUUGUAAACACUUAAAGUAUGUAUAAAUGAAAUUUUAAUUUCCCAACAACUGUAUAAUUAAGCCUUUUUCAAACAUCCCUAACCUGGAAAAAAAAAGAAAAAAAAGAGGGAAUAACAAUUAACUGAAAAAAUGGUUUCUCAUUUCUGGAUAGAAGAGCUACAGUUAAGAAAUACAAUAAAGACAGUGUCAUGCUGCAGACUAUAUUAUACCCUUACUUUGUGUUUAGGAUGUAUUUUAUUGUGUGUAAAGAUUUGUUUUUCUUGUAUAUUGUUGGGAAUUUGGAUUUUCUCUUAUUUAGCUUUUUUGUUCUCACCUUGACUGAGAUGAAAUUAAGGGCUGGGCUAUUUAGACUUCGCUAGCCACGUUGAAAUCUUCUGCAACUUCAAAAGAAGAGAUUCAUCAUUUAGUUUGUGAAACAUUUAUUCUCCUGAUCUGCAGAGAUGUUUUCAAUAAUGAAAAGUUCUGCCAAGGGAAAUAAACCAUCAUGUGGCUUCAAAAAAUAAGCAAAUCUUCCCCAGUCAUGCUUAUUCCUAAGCAUGCGAACUCUGGAAUCGAAAUCUGAGGUACUAUAAAACAUUAUUAAAUCAAAGAAUAGAAAUGAGUGGAUAGUUGCGAUUCAUGUUUCUUAUUCUUUGGUGUUCUGAACCCUUACCCAGAUGGAAUGUGUCUGAGACCAUGGGCUUCUUUUUAUUACUUGUAAGAAACUAGCCUUGAAGAAUUGACUUUGCGAUUCUCUUCAUCAAAAUCUAAACUUCCAAAGAUGUUUAGGCCUCUGUACAAAACAGUGUUUUGCUAAAUUUGUGGUAUAUAUAGAUCCUUCUGUGUUAUUUUACCAAGAAUGUUGUAACUCUGCCUCUGUUCAUGGUAGGGAUGGUACAGCUCACAUAUUAGUUUUUCCACGUAACCUCCUCUAGCAAAUAUGGUUCAUCUAAAGUAUCUUAAAAUUACAACUAUGUUAAUUUUAGUGAUUUAUUUUUUUCCUUGCCUAGGUAGUAAUAGCUCAGUCUAGUGCCAUUGUAUCCUGGAAAAUCUCCUACCAUAAUGAUUAUAAAAUGGAUGGUAAAGUUGUAGGUCAUAUUGGUCCUAUGCAAUACUACUUGGAAGAAUUGUUUUACUAACUUGUCUUUAAGGUGAAAUUUUUAUAGAUUUACUGAUUUAUUUCAAAUGAGGAAUGGAAGUGGUCCUUAGUUGUUGUUUGGUGUUGUAUGUGUGUUGAGUUCUUUUUGUUUGGUUGUUUUUGGGAUUUUUUUGUUUGUUUUGUUUUGUUUUUGUUUUUUGGUUAAACUCCUUGAUUCCCAUAACACAAUGCUAUAGGGUAUGCCCUGAAAGAAAGUAAAAUGUUUGAAAUCAAAGAAUAAUGAUUCUCCCUGCUAAGAGGGUAUUAGAUAUUCGGUAUUACUAAUGAAUUUGAUGGGCUUGCAUUUUUCAUGCACUAUUUAUUCUACUUCCAAUUAGAGCACAAAUAAGGUAUAUUACUAAUUGGCUCAAUAACUAAACCAAGCAUUUGUGUGAAAAAAGAUAUGCCGAGAUUUAAUUGCUUGACUGUUAAUCUUUUUUGAACAUUCAGCCUCUUAAGAGGCCACCUCUUAAAGAGCCUAUAAACUAUGCAUGAUGAAAACUCUUGUAUUUUAUUAAGGAAUGGCCAUUGGUUUACUCACCACAUCUACAGAAUAAUCAUGGCUGUGAAUAUAGUUGGUUACAAAACGCCUUGUGACUUGUAGCUUUAACUUAAUCUCAUCUAUCUGUGUAAAUAUUAAAUUAUAGGAUGGUGAAUAACAUCUUUAGUAGAUAGAAACUGCUGUCAGUAUUGACUUCAGAGCAACUGAGUAAUCAAAUAGGUAAAAGCAUGUUUGAAAUAAAACUAUCUUGAUGGAUUUAUACUUUAUUUCUUUUGUUUACCGAUUUUAAAAUAUCCAGUAUUAACUAUAGCUUUAUAGUUAAAGUAUCAGGAUGAAAGUGAGGUUCUUUGUGUUACCUGUCAUAAUGAUUAAAAAGAUUUUACAUUGGUAGGAGAUGCUUAGAUCUUUAUUCUGCUUAGCAAGAAGUUUCAUUUAUACUGUUUGGACUCCCAUGAACUUUUACACACCACAUUGUGUUUUUGAUUUACCUUAGAUUACCAUUCUUUUUAUCCUUGCUUAUUUCUUCCUACUCAGAAAAUAACAAAAUUUUAAGUCUCAUUACAUAUGCGUUAAGACAUGAGCUUCUUAGGUAUAGAAUGAACCAAGGAAUUUGAAGCGUAUUGGACUGGGUCCCUCUCCCCUCUAGCCCCCCAGCUGCCAUGUACUUAGCAGGCAGUGUGAUGACGAGUGACGAGCUUGGACCUUGGGAUCAGGAGGCCUUUUCCCUACCCUCCACUUUGCCCUUUACGUGCAAGUGACCAUGGGCACCUUUUCUCACUUGGCAUUUCGAGCUCCUCACCUGUAAGAUGGGAAUGAUAAGAGUAGCACCUGCAGAAUUGGGGAGAGGGUUGGUUAUGUGUCCAUAUGUGUAAUGCAGCUAGAGCAUUACACUGUCGCCUUUCGCUUGGUAUCCAGGACCAUGUAAGACCGAAUAUGCACGUCUUUUAUAUUUUAUACUUGUCAUUUCUUUCACUUGCAGUCUUGUUACCAUCAUUUAAUUCAGCAUAAGAGUAACAGAAGUCUCUAAAUUGCUUAAAGAUGUUUUUGCAAAAUACCAACAAUUACUCUAUAUUUCUUUAUUGGAAGUUUACAACUAUUGAUAGCUCUGGUCAUAUUUCAUUCUUAAGUCUAAUAAAUUCUUUUACUAUGUAGAUUCAUGCUAGCUAAUUAGUACUGACUGAUUAAAAGGUUUACUUUCCAAUCAUUUGGAAUUAUGUAAAAAAAAUUGGACACAAACUAAUGCAGUUAGAAAAUAAAAUAUGAAAUAACUUUCAA